UUAUCGGUCUGGUUUUGAAAACAAUGGUUAUUACACACUCGACAGACUCUUAAUAAUACUCGAGAGUAUUAUAAAUAUCGACUAGUGGCCCUUCAUUUCUUUAUAAGCCUACAAUGAAAGGAAAGAGAGGGAGAUUCUUGGGUAAACCAAAUUCUAUUUCAACUCUCAAACAAGGUCUAGUUUUCAAUGAAAACACUUUCAAUCAAUAUUCUCAAACACCAUCAUCAAACAAAGAGGUCUCUAUGAGAUCAGAAGAAGCCGAAAACCGUUUGUUGUUGGUGGACUUGGAAGCCAAGUGUCCACCAGGAGGUAGUGAGACGGUCAUCCUUUACACAACAAGCUUACGAGGCAUACGCAAGACUUUCGAAGAUUGUAACACCAUUAGGUUUCUUUUAGGGAGCUUUAAGGUCUUGUAUGAUGAAAGAGAUGUUUCCAUGCACAUGGAAUUCAGGGAGGAGUUGUGGCGGACAUUGGGCGGGAGGGUGAUCCCGCCGAGGCUGUUUAUAAAAGGUAGACAUGUCGGCGGGGUUGACGAGGUGGUCCAGUUUCAUGAGCAAGGGAAAUUGGUAGACCUUUUGGAUGGGAUACCCAAAAGCCCGCUUUCCGGGCCAUGUAAAGGGUGUGGUGGGAUGCGCUUCGUGCUUUGUUCUUCGUGCAACGGUAGCCGGAAGGUGGUCUUGGAGGAUGUAUGUGCCCCAUUGCCGGUUAGAUGUGUAAAUUGCAAUGAAAAUGGGUUAGUUAAAUGUACCGUUUGCUUUUGAUGCCUAGCAGUCAACAUUAGUGGCAUAAUUUGGCAUGUAGUUUGAUUUGUACCAGGAAAUCUAUGGUGUUAGAAACCAAAGUAGAUGAAGAUAGAUUUAAGGUUUAAGGUUAACGUGUAAUGUUUGUGGUAUCAUGUAUUUUUCAUGUCAAAUGCUCAAUUUGUGUUCAAACGUGUUUAUUUCAGAACCAAGAAUACGUCCAGAUUUGUAAGAACCACGUAAUGCACUUGUAUCAUUUUCUUUAA